AUGGCCAACCUGUACAAUGUGUCACAUGUUUUAGUGCUGAAUCGCUUUAAUCUCUCCUCUGAAAAUGUCUUUCCUGCAUUUCUUUUUGCAACUCUGGGCUACAUGAUCAUACUUUUCUGCAACCUUAUUCUAAUCCUCACCAUUGUGCUGAACAAAUCUCUGCACCAGCCCAUGUAUCUAAUUCUGCUGAGCCUGCCUAUCAAUGACCUUAUAGGCUCCUCAGCCUUCUUCCCACAGGUCAUUAAAGACUUACUGACAAACAGCAGGACAAUGCAAUACUCAGCUUGCGUUGCCCAAGCUUUCUUUAUCCACAUUUAUGCAGCAGGUACAGUGUUCAUUCUGAGUGCUAUGGCAUAUGAUAGGUAUAUUGCCAUAUGUUUACCUUUGAAAUACAACACAGUUAUGACUUAUGCUCACAUUAUGAGAUUAAUCACAGUUGUGUGGAUGAGUUGUUUAGUUAUGAUAGGUGUGCUUUUUGUCCUGCUUUUGCGUUUGCCCCGCUGUCGAUCUGAAUUGACACACCCUUACUGUGAUAAUCCAUCUUUGCUGAGUCUGGUCUGUGCCAACACAACCAUCAAUAACAUUUAUGGGCUUAUUAUAGUUGCUCUUUCACAAGUGAUAGCUAAUGGGAUGAUUUUGUACACAUAUCUCCAGAUCCUCGUUGCGUGCUUCAGAUCGAAACGAUCGGACACAAAAGCCAAAGCUCUGCAGACGUGUGCUACACAUCUAAUUGUUUUCCUCCUGUUGGAGUGUCUGGGUCUUUUCACCAUCAUAUCAUACAGGAUAAAGAACAUUUCACCAGAUUUAAGGAGGUUCUUGGGGGUGGCAACUUUAAUUUUCCCCCCAACAUUGAAUCCAAUCAUCUAUGGACUGAAAACAAAAGAAAUUCGAGAAAAAGUAGUGUACUUUUUUAGGAAUAAAGUCUUUCCAUCUUAA